AUGCCUUCUAUCAUUAACAAAUCGACACUGGAACGGCGAGCUGAGGGCGAUUCUGGCCUCAACGGUGUCUACAUCGCGGGUAUCGUGGUCGUCGCCCUCCUGCUGUUCUGCGUUGGGACCUGGCUGCUUAUCCGUUGGAAUCGCCAACGCAAUAAGAAAAAGAGGGAGGAAACUAGUGCGGCGACCUUCCUCUCUGUCCGAGGUCUUAUGAGAGAGGCUCCCUCGACUAUGCAGGAAAAGAUGCCCUCCCCUCCAAGCGCCCAGGCCCCGCCUUCAUCUGGUUUCUCCCGUUCACAACGGCGACCCACAAUCGUUAUCCCAGAUCGUGCUUUGACGCCUCGCGUCGGAGCUGGUUCGAGGGACGAUAUUAUCAACUUCCACAGACAAUCGGACAACUUCCCCAAACCUUUCUCCUUCGCACUCAACAGGAGCCCAGUCACCCCGCCAGGUCCCAAUAGCGGUAAUAUCGGUCCUCUGAAUCUUUCACCCCAGGAGAACAACCGCUCCUCGUGGAUUCGACAUUCCUUCUUCAGCAACCGCUCCAGCAUGGCGAUUGGAAACCGAUACUCCGUGACGUCCUCGUCUUCGUCGUCCUUUGGAGCGGAACCCACCACUGGAGCCACGCGCAAAGUCAGACAGCUAUUCACACCAGUCCUCCCAGACGAACUUUUGUUGACGAAGACCGGAGAACAACUUACGGUGAUUCAAUCGUUUGACGACGGCUGGUGUGUGGUUGGACGGGAGAAUGCUUCGAGCAUCCAGCACAAGAAAUCACUAUUCCCGGAUUCUACUGGUGUAGCUGGGAACGACGUCGAGCUGGGCGUUGUCCCUGCCUGGUGUUUCUUGAAGCCCGUCAAAGGCUUGAGAGCGGAGCGACCCGUCAGGAGCACAAGUUUGGGCAUCACUGUUCAAAUGGAUGCCCCCGGCAAUCCUUCGCGGAACGACCUCAUUUCAUGGUCAAACUUCUAA